UGCCGGUUCUCUUACGCAAUAGCAACAGAGCGGAAAGUCUCGCUGUCUGAGAGUUUAUCGUUUCCUCUUUUCCACUCUCUCGCGCAGAUAUAAAUUCACAAAACCCAUGGCCACUCCAGACAGACAGAAUACAGUGACCGAAGAAAGAGGUGGUCAAAAGAACGAACGUCUCUUUUCCCGGGAUAAUUAGCUAAACCGUGAUUGGAUACUGCACUGAACGGCGGUUGGAUACUGCACAGGCGAUCGCAACGAAUUUCUGCAGCAAUAUUCUUUUGAAUUUUUUUUCAAAAUUCAUAAUGACAGCAUCGGACAUAGAGUCUCUACAGCCACGCGCCAGUAGUGGAGGUCGAUGCUUGCACGCCUUCUUGAUCACCUCGGUGAUCACUCUGUUCGUUCUGUUGUUUGGAGUGACCGUCACCGCCGCUCUUUUCAUCAGACAGAUACAGACAGAGCUCCUAGCAUUAUCCAACGAAACCCACGGACACACGGAGAGAACGGCAUAUGCAGAAAUGCUAAAAUCUGAACACAAGGUGAAGAACUUUGCUUUUCUGCAAGCGAAAUCCGAGAACGGCCUGAAGAACGAAACCAUGGAUUGGACUGCGGGGGCGGUGGGGAGCGGCUUCACGUACAACAAACAGCAGCACGCCCUGCAGCCGCAGCGCGGCGGGAGCUACCUGCUCUACCUGGACCUGGCGCUGCGUUGCACCGCCAACGAGCUGCGCAACUGCAGCUCCGUCACCGUCACCGUCACCGUGCAGGGCGCCGCCAGCUUGCUGGAGUGCCAGGCGACGGGCGCGGGCGCGGGCGCGAGCACGGGCACGCGGCAGGGCAUCCCGGUCAAGUGCUGGACGGUGGUGCAGCUGAAGCCGCAGCAACGCCUGGUGGCGGUGAUGGAGGCGCGGGGCAACACCCCCAACUGGGAGCUGGUCACGGUGCGGAGCGGGAUGGGCAUGUUCCUGGUGGACGGGCAGAGGGACUGAGCCUGCCUGUGAGAGGAGCGGGGGGGAGGGGGGGGGGGCGCAGAGAGCGGCUGGAUGAACACUGAGGGAAGAUGCCGGGCUGGAUUAAUUCAUGCCGUCGGUGCUCAAUGGCACACCAGGCUGCUAUUACACUAUCUGACCUCUGGGAGGUGCUGCACCACUCCUGUAGACCCACUCCCACCCGUCCGUAAAAAGUGCACUUACAGGCAUCCUACCACUAGGCGGUGUCAAUAGACUUGUCUCUCUCGAAGCAGGGGUGGCCACAAGCCGCCUUCGGAACUUCCUUACAAACCCUUGUGUAUUUAUUUAUUUAUUUAUUCGUUGAUUUUGUGAUUUUUUUAAAAAUUGUUUAUUGAUAUUUUAUUCUAAUUUAUUUUUAUUUUUAAAAGGGUCUGUAUUUCUUUUGUAUUUACAGCUGUUUACACAGACAGAGCACUACCACAGUAUUUUUAUGUUGAGCAAGCACUCUAAUUUCUCCUGUGCACACUGCAGAACCACUUUCUCCAACCGUACUGUCCUACUGUCUCUGAGAGGCGCGUGCUAAUAUUAUCUCAAAGUUCUUUUGCUCAUGUUUAUACCUGUUCAGGUCCUCAAAAAAAAAAAACGUACUUAUUGUAAUUAACAACCAAAGAAAACUGCUGGCCAGUCUCAUAGACAAUAUCCUUAAUGAAGUCUAUUUUUCUGAUGUAAGUAAAAUGGAUAACGGAGUGAAUGUUAACUCUUAGGUUAACAUUAUUAGCAGUAUUGGCAAAUAAUAUAAAUUGUGUAUUAAAUAUUUAUUACAUGAUGUUACAGGCAUUUGUUGGUACAUAUAAGAUAUGGUAUUUAAAUACUUGUUUAGUUCUGUGCUCUAGAGUUUUUUAAAAACUGUUUGCAAGGAAUGGUUGUUGUAUACAUUUGCUUACAUUCCAAAGCUAUUGUAAUAUUUGUAAAGAAAAAACUUUUUGUACACGUAGAUUGAAAAUGUUCUAAAUUUCCUUGCUCAGAGUUGAACAAGUACAGGUUUGGUUUACUAAAAGACAACAGCCCUGGCGGUUGAAAAUAAGUCUGUAUGUUUGUACGUGAGAUUGUUUGUUGGUUAUGUGAGAAGAUGUUCACUGGAAGUGUAUGUUUAUUGGAUAUGUAUGAGGUGGCUGUUUAAUGGCUGGAAUUCCUCAGCGUGCUUACUGAUCACUGCUUAAUGUGGUAGUCAGUUUGCUUGGAAAGGAAAGCAGGGUUUUGGCGAGACAAGGAGGACAGUGGCCAGCUUUAUGGAUCGGCAAUAAGCACAUAAAAGAACAACGGCGGUGUUGCCAAUGAACAAGCCCCGUCUGGUACAACGUUGCCUCCUGGUGGACUGAAAUAUAAAUGCUUGAAUUUCAUACCUGUUGCCAUUUCAUUAAAAUGUACAUUUGACUGAACUCAUUAGUCGCUGUUUGAAAUGCAGUUAUAAACUACAAGAAAAAAUAGGAAGCUAUUUUUGUCAGAAUGCAAAAAUCUAUUUGUAUGAAUGCAAACGAUCGAUGCUGGUAAGAGUAAUAAAUUUGUUCAAAGUAGGUUGA